UAAUAGGUACAUAAGUAUAAAGUAACCUGAAAUAUAAGUGUUAAAAUGGAAAAUACGGAAGAAAUAUUUCAUUUUCUCGAAGAAUUUUCAAAACGUAAAACUAAAACUAUACCUCAAGAACUGAACGACUACUUAGCGUACGUAGCGCGUACCGGUGAUCCUGUGUACCAGUGGUCCCUAGUGAAAUGUUUAUUCAAAGAAAAACUGCUUAAUGUUAUAACAGACUUCUAUGAAACAACACCUGGCAUUGAAAUUCCGCCGUAUCCAAACGUCGAUCCCUUCAAUUACGACAUUAUGAAAAAUAGUUUAAUAGAGCGUCUCGAUUCCUUUACCUCCGCACCGUUUACCGUUCAGCGUAUUUGUGAACUAUUAACUUAUCCUAGGAAACAAUAUAAUCGAAUCGAUAAGUUUAUGCGUGCAGUAGAAAAAAAUAUUCUAGUUGUGAGCACAAGGGAGCCCGGACCACAGCGGCAUAUCGAAACUGAGAACGGGGAGUCCAUAGAGCCAGCUGUCAACGGUUCAGAUAAUAAUUCAGAGUACAAUGUAGAUGUUGAAAUGGAGGAUAUGUCAUGGAAAGAAAACAAUGACACACAACACAACUCGGAACCGCAGCCCAGCUCCUCUGAUGCUCAUAUUUCAGUUGAUGACAUAGAAACUCAUGUACCUAAACAAGAAGCCCCCAAUGACACACCAGAAAAAGCUGCAACACAAUCAGAAAGUCAAACCACUAUCGAAUCAAACAUGGAAAUCACACCAAAAGAGAAGGAAAAUACUGAGACAUCAGAAACAAUAACGGAGCCAACUACUGUACCUACUGAUACAAAAACUGUUGAAGAUACUCAACCAAGUACAGAUCCGGAUACAGAUAUGACAGUUGAAGAGUCUAAACCAGCACUUACGAUUCCAGACAUCAAAGUGGAUGAUGCAGAAAUGACCGAACAGAGGCUUAUUGAAGAAAACAAAGAAAACGAAAAUGCUGAAGAGAUUAAAAAGACUGACAAUUUAGAAACAAAUACCCAACCUAUUUCUAGCGAUGAAAGCAGUUCAGAUUCAAAUUUCAAAGAAGAAAAUGAAGUAAAACAUAUUUCUGAAGUGUCUACGUCUAGUGAGGAGAGCUCCUCAUCGAGUGACAAUAAUGAAAGCAGCAGUAACUCACCUAAAGCUGAAAUAAUUCCAAAUGCAGAAGAAAUAACUGAAUGUGAAAAGAAAGAAGAACCACUGCCAGAGAAUGAGAAGGAACCGAUCAAAGAAGUUGAACCCGAAACUGUUCCAGCAAAAAUAGAAUCAGACAACUACUCAAUUUCUGAUGUCAAUUCUGAAUUAGCUCCAAUUAAGAAGGAUGAGCCUAAACAGAAUGAUUCAUCUAUGGAAAGUACUGUAGACGACAGUGAUAAGAAGGAAGAAAAAGAAGAUGCUGCUAAAAGUGAGGCAACAGAGGCAUAAGAGUUAAGACCUUAUGAUAACACAAUUGAGGGUAUGCUACAGACAAGACUUCAUUGCCAUUUACCUUAAAUAAUAAUUAUUGUUAUACAGCAAUCUUCUUUUUCAAAGUUAUGAGUAGUAUGGAGAUAUGCUGUGAAACUGAAGAAUUACAAAGCCAAACUGCCAUUCCAUCAUAGCUGGGCACCGUUAAUCAAAUAGU